CUUUUCUAUAAUUAUUCAUUGAUUUCUUCCUAGUGCAUAGCUUGCAAGUGUCACCAAUCCCACACGUAAAUACCAAUGUAAAAAUCGAAGAAUCUGUAUAAUUGAGUUUGUCAAUAUAAAUAAACUAGAAAGUAUCAUUGACAAGCAUAUAUCAUAUUUUCUCAUUCCAGAAAUUGUGAAGAACUUGAAAGUUUAGAACUCUAAUCAAUAUGUCAACAAGAGGGUCAUGGAUAACUUUGAAAUUCAGAGGGGUUGUGGAUGUAGUUCGUGCUAGUAGAUUCCAAUCAAGCUAUGGUGGACUCAAGAGGAACAGUCCAAUUGUGACAACAACUAGGGUCGAAAGUAGGAAUUGGAAUAGGAAUCCUGGUCUGCAAUUCUUUAGCACCAAAAGCAACACAAGCACUAAUGCAAAUAGAAUAAAGAAUGAUGAGAUUCAACCUGAAGCCCCAGCUUCUAAAUUUUUCGCCUUCUCUUCUUGGGUUAAAUGGAUUGUGUGUUCGUUACUUUCUUUCAUGCUACCUUUAUGGAGUCAAAGUUGGGGGAAACUUGAAAGAAUAGAAGGAGAAGCAGAGAUUGUGAUUGAAGGGGUUGAAAAAGUGGCAGAAGUAGUAGAAAAAGUUGCAACCGUAGCAGAGAAGGUAAGUGAGGAUUUAGCAGAGACGCUUCCUGAGGAUGCUAAGCUAAAGAAAGUAGCGGUGGUUGUAGAAAGUGCAUCAAAACAAGCUGUUCAUGGUGCUCAAAUAACAGAAGAAUUCAUACACAAGGUUGAAAAGGUGACUAAUGAUAUGGAGGAAUUAGAAUCAUUCGUUGAACCCUUAAUUGACAAGAUUGUGAAGAAACAAAGUUGAAACAACUCAUUCCAAAUCAAAAUAUCAUUUGUACAUUAUUGUUUGGUUGUAAUUAACAUAGUACUUGUGUAUGAAAGAAAUUACCAAACAAAAUUGAAAUUAUUUGUCCUUGUUCAGUUUUCAA